UAUCUCCCGAGAAGUGCGAUACAGAGCGAGAGUCCAGCGUCCCCGACGAGUGUACGACGAGAUAACGGUAAAGAUGCUGAAGGUUCAAACAGUGCGAGGCCCGGUAGAUCCGGGCCAGCUCGGUUACACGCUCACGCACGAGCACUUUUCGCUGAAUUUCGACAAAAUGUACGCCGCCCCACCGGACGCGGUCUCGGAGUACGUCAGCAAGCGCAUUACACUCGAGAACGUUGGGUACGUGCGGCAGUACCCGUACGCCAGCCGGUACAACAUUAACUUUGAGGAUUUCGAUACGCACGAGGCCGUGACGAAGGAUGUGGUAGCGUACCGGCGCUUCGGGGGUGGGGCAAUCGUCGAGAACACGUCGCAUGGGCUCGGCCGUAACCUGAAGCUGAUGUACGACGUGUCACGGGAGGCGAAUGUGCACGUGAUCGCCGGCACUGGCCACUACAUUCACGCGAUGCAAUCCCCCGAGACGCAUGCGAUGAGCGUCGAGCAGCUGACCGAUCUCUACACCAAGGAGCUACUGUUCGGUGUCGAGGUGGACGGUGUACCCGAACCGAUAAGAUGCGGGUUUAUCGGGGAGGUGGGCAGCGGUUGGCCGAUUACACCGUUCGAGCGGAACGCCAUUCAAGCGACGGCCGAGGUGCAGGCCGUCAUCGGUUGCGGCGUUUCGUUUCAUCCGGGCCGGGAACGCGAUGCACCGUUUGAGAUAGUCCGGUUGUAUCUGGAGGCUGGUGGUAGUGCGGAGAAGUGCGUCAUGUCGCAUCUCGAUCGGACGCUGUUCGCCGAGGAGGAUCUGUGCGAGUUCGCCAAGCUGGGCACGUACUGCCAGUUUGAUCUGUUCGGUACCGAGUGCUCGUACUAUCAGCUUAAUCCGGAAUUGUACAUGCAAUCGGACGAGCAGCGCCUCCAGAAGAUCAUCGGAUUGGUGCGCGAGGGUUACACCGAGCGCAUUCUAAUGUCGCACGACAUUCACACCAAGCACCGGCUGACCAGCUUCGGUGGACACGGUUACAGCCACAUUCUCAACAACGUGCUUAUGCGCUUUACGGUGCGUGGUAUCGAUAUCAAGACCGUCGACACAAUCACCAUCUCCAAUCCGGCUCGUUGGCUCGAGAUGAAGGUCUAGGACGGAGGACGCGCUCUGAUCGUGAGGUAAGGAGCUAGAGUUCGCGUUAAAAUUAACGAUUAUUCCGCUCUGUUUUUUUUUAUCAUCGAAUAAAGCGGUGAUGGUGUAACAACCAGUG